GGCGGAUUCAAAGGUUUGACCAGAUUUGUUUCCAUCGGUGGUUCAGGAAGAAGCAGCGGCGGCCAGCUCACCUGAGCAGGUAGAUUUGUCCGAGGUUGUUUUCAGCGCACCUGACCGCCAUGUCAGCCCCAGCUCCUCAGAGUUCCAAAGUGCAGCAGUUGGACAUCCUGGACCCGAAAUUCCAGCAGCAGCUGGAAAAUGCUCGGGUGCAGGUCAGGCAGGAGAUCCAGCUGGAGCUGAAGAUCAAGGAGGCGGCUGAGAGGAUGAGACGGGCCUAUACCAGCCGGAGGGGCGCCGCCGACGUGGAGGGGGAGGUGAAGGCGUCCAACCGGAAGCUGGAGGAGUUGCAUUGGCAGCUUCAGGAGCUCAACGCCAUGUCCAUGGCUACGGAGAAGGACAACCAUGCAGCUGCGGCUCCAGAGAAGGAAGAGAAGCAGUCGUUAGAGUCGUGUCAGUGGGAGGAAGUGACAUCACCGCUGGCCAGUCGGGUCAGAACUUUGAAGAAACAGCUGACGAUGGAGACCAAAGUCAAACAGGGCGCUGAGAACAUGAUUCUGACCUACACCAACAGCUCCUUCAAGGACCGGAAGAUGCUCGCCACGGCCCAGCAGAUGUUACAGGACAGCCGGACCAAAAUCGAGCUGCUGAGGAUGCAGAUCAUUAAAGUCAGCCAGGCCCGAGAAGGAGGCGGGUCGAUUGGUCCUAACGAGGAGGUCAUCAGUCCCCUGGAGCUGCGAGUUACUGAGCUCAUGCACCGCAUGGGUAUCGAAUCUGCUGUGGCUGAAGGAGCGAAGAACGUGGUGAGGCAGCUGAGCGAGCGGAAGAUCCAGGAGCGUAGAGUACUGACCGAGGCCCAGGCCCGGGUGGAGGAGUCGUCCCAGAAGGUGGACCUCCUGCGUCUCUCCCUGCAGAAACGUCUGAAUGAGCUUCCUCAGGAUCAUCCCUCAUGCGCCGCCAUCAAAGAGACUCUGCUUUAUGGGAUCCCGCCGUCUUACGGAACGCCGAAGAAGCAGGCGCACUCACUGUCAUCUUCCUCAUCCUCCUCUUCGUCCUUCUUCAGACCGGCUAGUCUAACAGGUCGCUUGGAGGUUUGUCUGAUGGGGUGUCAGGACCUGCUGGAGUCCGUUCCGGGUCGCAGCGCCUCCCCCUUCUCCCGGCACUUAGCGGAUGGGAGGUCGGUGAAGGUGAAAGGUUCGGGACGGAGUGCCAACGGGAAGACGGGGAAGUCGGAUGAACUUUCCUCUGAGGUCAGCGCCGUGCUGAAGGUGGACAACCGGAUCGUGGGUCGGACUCACUGGAGGCCGCAGGGAAAGGAGGCCUGGGGUCAAAACUUCACCACUGAGCUGGAGCGGUCCAGGGAACUGGAAAUCGCUGUGUACUGGAGAGACUGGAGGGCUUUGAGCGGGGUGAAGUUCCUGCGGCUCGAGGACUUCCUGGACAACCAGAGACAUGGAAUGUGUGUGGAGCUGGAACCUCAAGGGAUCCUCUUCAUCGAGGUCACAUUCAUCAAUCCUGUCAUCGACCGUCCGUCUAAACUCCAGAGACAGAGAAGGAUUUUCCCAAAGGAAAAAGGAAAGAACUUCCUUCGCGCCGCUCAGAUGAACAUGAACUUUGCUACAUGGGGCCGUCUGAUGAUGAGCUUCCUGCCUCCCUGCAAUUCCCCGGAUGCCAUGAGUCCUCCGUUACCGGCUCCUGACUCUGGCUCGACAUAUUCCAGCGGUUCUCCAGCCCGAGAACAUACUGGAACCAGGCUGAAUUUUUCUGAAGAACCAAUCGGUAGAUCUCCACGUCCAUCAAGGAAGGAGACGAGAGAGUCCUCACAGGAAAAGUCUCCUGAUUGGAAAAGCAGCCUGAAACCCAGAAGACAAGCAUCAACACGUCCUCCUCAACACCUCAUGUGUGAAAAGCGGAUAUUCGAAGUGAUAAACUCGGCUCGUCAUCCGUUCCUGGUCAACCUGCACGGCUGUUUCCAGACUGCAGACCACGUGUGCUUCGUGAUGGCCUACUCUCCAGGAGGAGACCUCAUGAAGCACAUCCACACCAACAUCUUCUCUGAGAAACAAACUCUGUUCUACUCUUCGUGUGUUCUGCUCGGUCUGGAGUUCCUCCAUCAGAACAAAAUAGUUUACAGGGAUCUGAAACUGGACAACCUGUUGAUGGAUGCUGAUGGAUACGUCAGGAUUGCAGAUUUUGGUUUAUGCAAAGAAGGAAUGGGCCAUGGGGAUCGGACCAACACCUUUUGCGGCACCCCAGAGUUUCUGGCUCCAGAGGUUCUGACUGAAAACAGCUACACCCGCAGUGUGGACUGGUGGGAACUGGGAGUUCUGAUCUAUGAGAUGCUGGUGGGGGAGUCUCCUUUCCCAGGUGACGAUGAGGAGGAAGUGUUCGACAGCAUCGUCAAUGAAGAAGUGCGGUACCCGCGUUCCCUCUCCCAAAAGUCAGCGUCUCUCAUGCAGAAGCUGCUGCAGAAAGAUCCAGAGCUGAGACUGGGAUCCGGAGAGGAAGACGCCGCCGAGAUCAAACGACACCAAUUCUUUCAGGGAAUGGACUGGGACGCCCUCCUGGCAAAGAAGAUGAAGCCACCCUUCCUGCCGGCGAUCAAAGCGCCGCAGGACGUCAGCAACUUCGACGAGGAGUUCACUCGUCUGAAGCCGGUUCUGACGCUGCCUCGGACGCCAUGCGUCCUCACAGCGGAUCAGCAGGACGUCUUCAACGACUUUGACUUCUCCCUGAUCAGCUGACCAGUUUGCUGAUGGUUUUUAAGCUCUCUGAAGGUUUUCUUUUUUUUUUUACACUGGAACGCUGCACUUUGCUGUCUAACCUGUAAAUAUCCCUGAAGGCCAAAAUCUCUGAAUGUAUCUGAUAGUUUUAAAUUAUUCUGCUGAAAUGUAGAUGUGAGGAAGAUGAUGUAUGAAACCCACCAGCCUGCGUUUAAAGUGACAAUAUAUAAAUAAAAGCUGGACUUUAAC